AUGACUACCGUCUUAGAAAACAAAUUAGUUAAUGCAUCAAAUGAAGAAAAAGAAUGGAAUGAUAUCAAAGUUAAAUUAGCAACAACAUCAAUUCAAGGCAAAGUUAUACUUGAUGUUGGAGCUUCACGUGAUGGAGUUGAUGCAAAUGCAUUUCAUUCACGUUGUAAUAAUAAAGGACCAACAAUGAUAAUUAUUCAAUCAAAUAGCAACUAUCUUUUUGGAAGUUAUACAGCUAUACCAUGGACUUCGAAUGAUUCAUAUGCAGAUGAUAGCACAACAUUUUUGUUCACUUUGAUCAAUCCUCACGAGAUUCCACCGUCUAAAUACCUCAUCGAUCCUAAUAAGACUGUAAAAGCAGUUUAUCAUUAA